AUGGCAACUCAAGUCGCCAUCUGCCUGCUCGGGGUCAUCUCCCUUCUCAUCGCAUGCGCUGGAGCUCACCGUAAGAAGAAAUGCACCUCAACGUCUCCGUCUCUCCCUCCCUCCCUCCCUCUCUCUCUCUCUCUCUCUCUCUCUCUCUCUCUCUAGAAUCUGACGAAAGGAUCCUCCCCAUGAAUUUGUUUGAAGGAUUCGUGAAGUUCGGGUACAGCGGGACGAUAUGCCCGGAGAAGUGGGGCGAACUGAGCCCGGACUACUCGCUGUGCUCCAAUGGCACCCGGCAGUCGCCCAUCAACAUCGUCCGGGCCGCCACCGUCGUUGACCUGAGCUUGAAGCCCCUUGAGAGGGACUACAACCCCGCCAACGCCACCCUCGUCGACAACGGCUUCAACAUCAUGGUACCUAGGUUUCCUCAUUUCUGGCGACGCAGAGAUACAAUAUUUUAGGGUUUCAUGAAGAAGACGAUGACGAUGACGACGAUGACGGCGAUGGCAGCUGAGCUACGGCGAGGACGUGGGCGCCAUGGUCAUCGACGGCAAGAACUACACGCUGAAGCAGAUGCACUGGCAUUCUCCCUCCGAGCACACUCUCGAGGGAAUCCGGUAGGCCGCGAAUCGCUACGCUCCACUCAUUUCCGGCAAGCUCUGAGAGAGCUCUUCUUCUCCUCCGGCCUUCAGGUACCCGAUGGAGAUGCACCUGGUGCAUGCCAGCGACGACGGGAACAUCAGCGUCGUCUCCAUCCUGUACCAGUACGGGCACGCCGACCCGUUUCUAUACCAGGUCGGAGGCCUCUCUCUCCCCUCUGAGCGCCCGGCGGGGAGAGAUUAAGGAUACUGAUUAGGGUUUGUGGUGGCGCAGUUGAAGGAGAAGGUUGACGAGUUGUCGAAGGAGGUGUGCGCCGGCGACGAGGAGGCGCACGUCGCCGCCGGGCUCGUGGACACGAAGGCCCUGAGGCGCCACACGAACAAGUACUACCGCUACGUGGGCUCCCUCACGACGCCGCCCUGUACCGAGAAUGUCAUCUGGAACGUCCUCGGCAAGGUACCCAUUUCUCUCCCUCCCACCUCCUCUCUCUCUCUCUCUCUUUCUCUCGACUCCGAGUACGAUAAAAGAUAUGAAAGGCCGAGUCUUUCUCUCGAAUAUACUCAGCUCUUGAUCUCGCCUCAUCGAUCCGUGCUGUUCCAUUCCUCGCUCUGAUUUUGCAGGUGAGAGAUAUCAGCCCAGAGCAGGCGAGCACGCUGAGCUCGCUCUUGGGGGAGGAGUACCGGAACAACUCGAGGCCGACUCAGCCCCUCAACGGCCGCCGGGUCCUCCUCUACCACGAGGCCGUCUAG